AUGUCGUGGAAACGGACAGAGAGGCUGAUGGACACCAUCAAGCACUACAGCAACUUUCCGGCGACCAGUGUAUCCCUCCGCCAGAUGGUGCAGUUUGGUGAGAAACCUUCCACGGGGACCCUCUUCCGCGCGUCACAAUUCCUCUCCGAAGAGCUACCCAUACGACUUGCCCACCGCGUGCAAGAGCUCCACGAGCUUCCCGAUGGCCUCAAUGAGAUGCCUUCAAUAUGCAGAGUGCGCGACUGGUACGCACAGUCAUUCGAUGAGCUUACCAACUUGUCUCGACCGAACAUCACCUCCGAAGUAAAGAAUCGGCUAUUAAAACCAGCGAAGAAGACCGAGUUGACGUCCAAGGGCACGCAAAACCCAAGCAUCAAGCAAGGCCAGUACAGGUCGGCGCCCGAGAAUGGCAGUGGCAGUAGCAACGGCAACGGCAACGCCCACGCCAACACCAACGGCAGGGAAGUGAAGGGCGCCGCAACCGCGCGAAGAUACUACGCCGCCGCCGACGACGGUCAGGACUGGCCCAUCGAGCUAGCCGCCUACAACACAAAGUUUGCGGAGACGCUCGAGAAGAUCAAGCGGCGGCACGACAGCGUCGUCACCACAGUCGCACAGGGCAUCUUGGAAUGGAAGCGCAAGAAGCAGCGCAUGCAGAUCGACCACAACAUCCAAGCGUUCCUCGACCGCUUCUACAUGAGCCGCAUUGGAAUCCGCAUGCUGAUCGGUCAGCACAUCGCACUUACCGAUCAGCGCCAGCGUUCCGAUCCUAAUUACGUUGGUAUUAUCUGCACCAAGACCAACGUCAGAGAGCUUGCGCAGGAGGCAAUUGAGAAUGCGCGCUUCGUGUGCGAAGACCACUAUGGCUUGUUCGAGGCGCCCAAGGUCCAGCUUGUGUGCAACCCCGACAUCAGCUUCAUGUACGUCCCCGGCCACUUGUCGCACAUGCUUUUCGAGACGCUCAAGAACUCUCUGCGCGCGGUGGUGGAAACACGAGGGCAAGACAAAGAGGACUUCCCGGUGACAAAGGUCAUCGUCGCCGAGGGUCAGGAGGACAUUACCAUCAAGAUCACGGAUGAAGGAGGCGGCAUCCCGCGGUCAGCAAUCCCCCUCGUGUGGACGUACAUGUACACGACUGUGGACCAGACGCCGAGCCUGGACCCUGACUUUAACAAGAGUGACUUCAAGGCGCCCAUGGCAGGCUUUGGCUACGGUCUACCUAUCUCACGGCUAUACGCGAGGUACUUUGGCGGCGAUCUAAAGCUUAUUAGCAUGGAAGGCUAUGGCACAGAUGUUUACUUGCACCUCAACCGUCUUUCCUCAUCCUCCGAACCUCUCCAAUAG